CAGGAGGCUUCGUCAAUGAGAUAUUUCUUGUCGUUUAUCAGAUGUCCAGCCUGGUUCGGGUCCUCAGCGCCGUUGGCCCUUCGUGUCGCUGAUAUUAAAAAUCAGAAACUUCUGGACAAUCACAUAAAAUCCACUCCUCUAUCCCUUCCCCAUCUGUUAUUUUUGGAUUUUUCUUUUAGUUUUGAGUGAGACUUGAUGGAUCCCUGUUGUAAGAUUCAGCGGAUGGGUGAGUCUAUGGUGGUUUGACAAUCGCUCAAAUCGGAGAGAGAUUUGGUUUUCGGGAAUUGUUUUCUGAACUCGGUUUCUCUCGGAUAUGUCGGAGCUUUGUCUUAUGGCUUCCCAUGGAUACCCUUCGGCUCUUGUGUUACACCACCAGCAUAACACCUCCAGGGAAAUCAAGGACUGUCAGUCUUUCUUGUCAAUACGUGGAGCUAGGCCAGAAAUUGUGAUCGGGUCAGAAUUGCAAAAUAUUCAGCCUCCACAGAGCCAUGGAUCAUGGAAGUCUACUAUCGGGAUGCCAGACUCCAAUCAAUUAGUUGAGUUUGACCCAAAAGUUAGAAGUCUGAACAUGAUUGACUCACAAGAUAAUCAGGGUGGCUCUUUGAUAUUCAGUUCUAGAUUUGAGGAGGAAUUCAAAAGGUGUGAGAAAGUCUUGGAGUCCCUUGUGUCCUGUCCAAGUGAAGAGAAGAAAUAUGCAUUAAAUUUACCAGACUUAAGGGGGUUACAAGAAUUAAAGACGCAGCAUUGUCGAGGGCCCGUUGCUACUUCACUUAUCUUUCCUAGCUGCGAGUUUGAUGCACCGGAGCCAAUCAUGGACUUCGUUGGCGAAUUGAUUAGAAGCUCAAAGAUCACAAUUCAUCCCGAUGGACAAAUUCUUUUAACUGAGACUGGGACAAAGAUCAAGGAUUUACUUUCAGUUGUUGCUGAGUUUUAUUUGUCGAAGAACUCUUUAAGUUGGAGCAGGCAGUCAAUUCUUGUCCCCAAAUAUGAUAGGUUGAGCGGUGGAGUGGGAAGCCAUAUUUAUGAUUCUCCGGUGAAGCUUCAUGCAACAACCAUUGCUCCUAUGAAGAGCCCUGAUAUAAUCAAGGUCAAGCCAUCGCCAAAAAGGAGACGCAGUAAGAAAGUAGGCCAUGAGAGAGAUCUGUACAAGAAAAACUAUGUCCACGCAUGUGAGAGUCUGCUAUCCUAUGUGUUUAACAAGCAGCAGCAGGGGAGAAGGGCAAUACAGUCAUUAAAGAGUUCGGGGCGAGAGGUUCCUCAGUUUCUCACUGAGUUCUCUGUUGGUAUUGCUGGGGCUGGUCUUGUUGUCCUUUUCUCUGUCAUGUAUGAAAUUGCUUGCGGGAGUGUGCCAUUUUGUUCGUCUAAACUCUUGACCACUGGAUUUGGGCUGGGUCUGGUUUGGCUAUCUUGUGGCGUGAAUAAACUGAGGGAUACAAUAAUCUGUAUCAGCAGGAAAGCAGCCAAGGUUAGCUUGAAGGACGAUGAGAUGAUAAGGAGAGUGGAUAAGAGCCUAAAUGAUAUCUUCUUCAGAGCGGCGACUUUAAUGAUGGUAGCCAUCUUGAAAAUUGGUUAGGCUUAAGUGAUCAUCCUAGUUGGUAUUCAUCUGAGUGUAGAUAUGCGCAAGUAAAGAUCGCUUGAACUCAGAAAUGACAAUUUCGAACCGAUAUCGGCAUCGAGUUCAGUUGCUUGGGUCUGUUUGAACGCCCCUCUCGAGAGCGGAGACUCGUUCUCUUGUCGUAUCAGCUGUUCAUGCAAGGUUUUGGUUGUGGGGGGUUACACUAUCAAAUACUUGAAGCAGAUUGCAGGCGUUGUAGUUAUAUACAAUUUUGUUCUUAUAAUAAACGUAUUUCUAUGAAGUUUCUUACCUGAACUAUUUUCCUUACAUAAAUAACUAUCCUUUUAAGGGCAGCUUGGUUGGAA